GGGGGGUCCCAAGAACAUAGGUUCCGGUGUUCCGUAGCCAUUUUGGCUCAAGCCCUUUUGGCUCAAGCCAAUUUGGCUCAAACCACUGCAGGCGGGACAGAUAUCUGAUUCUGACAGAUCUUCCCCUCGAAGUUUUCGCCAGGCGCCAUGAAGUCAUUUGGAGGCGAUGCCGAUUCGCAAGGGAUUCAAAAGCAAGCAUCUGUGCUUUGCAACGAUGAGGGCGUGAAUGUGUAUUUGGGGAGCUUCUGGGGGCCAGGAUACGAUGGUUCAUCAACCUACUACUGUGGGAGGCAUCUCGGUAUAGCCGCCAUUCCAGGCUCGGAUGGACAGUGCGGCCCGAGAGCUGGACCGCAGUGCCCUUCUUGCACACGUUUGCAGACGGCGCUUACGCGCAAAAAGCGUCUCGUUGUCUUCGCCAAGAUGGUCGCGGGUUUUGUCCGUUUCUUCUUCGAGGACGUGUGCAGCGGAGGGUGCCAGUUGAUCUACCUCUGUAAAUUAUGGAAGACUCUUACUUGGGGUGCCAGGGCCUUCACAAUACUUUCGGUGGCAGCGGGCGUCAUGACGUCGCUGAUGGGGCCUCUACGUGAAUGGUGUAGCCUUCGCGAAAUCAACGCAUCCUUGGGGGACGAGCAGCCGCUAGAGUCGAAUCAUCCGUCGAACGACCUUCGCCAGCCAGGUCAACGGAGGAGCGGGCGUCGCGGUGCCAAAGUGGACUCAAAAGCUCUCCAUAAGUACCGCCCGAAGGUUGCAGUAGUGUUCGACCACUCCGUCGCUGACAUUGUGGACGGGAUUGGCAGCAGUAAGAACAUCAGGACCGCUUUGGUGGUAGGGGCUAUUGUUUUUUGGGUGACAAUGGCGGCUUUGCCCUUCCUCAUGCCUGUCCAUUGCGGGACUUCCCCUAGGGUGAAGCACUAUGCUGUCUUUUUCGGGUUGACGGCGCUCCUCAUGCUGUUGGAGACAUGGAUCAUUAUGCAUUCGAGGCUGGGCUACCUGAUGUUCAAGCACUUGCGCGUGAAGCUUUUAUUUGGCUACGUGCUUGCGUUUCUCGGUCGCUUCGACACUUUCUCCGACUGCCUGUUCGCGGGGAUGAUCGUGUCCUGCUCCGACAUCACCUGGUUUUCGAUCCACGAGCACUACUUCUACUUCCCCUUCGGGUUAACCUUGGCGAAAAUCGUGUUGGGCGUCCUGGUCAUCUGAGUAUUCUGUCUGCAAGCGGUGCCCGGGGUGCUCUUGCUGGCUUGUCGGCCAGACCAGCUGGCCACGAGUUGCAAGCUCAACGAGUACAAUGUGGUCCUAGCGGUCAUGGAUUCAGAGAGCCACGAGGACGGCUACAUUGCCAGUGCGGAGCACGGUAACUUAGAAGAGGUGGCGCAUGUGAUGUCCAAGUUUGUCAAGAAGAACGAAGAUGACCUCGAUGACCUCGAGGGCGAUGAUCUCGAUGACCUCGAGGACGGGAGUUCAGCGUGAGAGCACGCCUCAUUUUUUCAUGUGCCAAGGCUGCGUGAAGCAUUGUAAGAGCCAGCGUGCUGCUGUAGGAACAGCCUGCCAGAGCACGCCUCUCCAGAGCCAGCAUGGCUCUGUAGGAACAGCCUGCCUGCCGCGCCGCGAUGAAAAACACUCCGAUGCGCUUCGCACUACCAGCAGCGCCGCAUCCUUGUAGAAUGAGCCCUGUCGGCAACCGAGGGCAAUCCUACGUGCAUGCCGUAUGUACGUUACACGUUUCUUGCGUUGGAGUCUUGUGCCAGGGGUUUCAGGGUCGCACGUUAGUUCUUUAGGCUCUGGAUGGGGUGGAGGGCAGGCACUGUUUGCGUAGCGCCCACCAGUCUCAGCAUCACUGCGGCAAGAAUAGGGCUGGCCGCUACUGGGCAAAGGCGCAUCUGGCUCUCUGUCCAGCGUUUUGAUUACUGCGUGGCCCCCUGGCUUGCGUUUUGACUGCUGCGACCACGGAGUGCUUAAGAGUAUGCGCAAGGCCCUCCUCCGAGAGGGCCUGCGGCCAUCGUUCAAUCUGUGGCCGGUCAAAGGAUGCUGGCUUGGGUAGUCAAAAGGAGGCGUCGCGAGUCCCGUUCGCUUCACACUUCGCAGUCCCCCAAGGAUGGCCGGACACACUUGAUGAUUUUUUCAGUGGCCUUGCAGGGCAGUUUCACCGCACCGCUGUGGCAUGCCGGCAGGGCAGUUGCAGGGCAGUUGCACCAUUCACGACGAUGGCAGUUGCAGGGCUGUUGCCCCAUUCAAUGUCGUUCCAUCUUCUGUCGCGCCUCCGACGUGCUGCCAGGUCGUCCGAAUGGUCGUCAAGCUUGGCGCGUUGCCGCUUGUUUUAAUCGAUGGCAAGCGUGUGCGCGCCUUUUUUCCGUGACACCGCGAUCAGCAGUUUGCCGAUAGUGAAUAGAGGAGUCGAGGGUGAGCAGGAGGGAUGGUGGCAGAAGAAGCCGGAGCAGUCGGUCGGUGGAGUAGGCAGGGGACGGCCAGCCAGCGGGGGCGCUGUGUUGCGUGCCAGAUUUUGUUGCCAGCGCUUCACGCGCGAGUCAGGCGUAGCGUGCUGCCGCUUGUUUGAAUCGAUGUCAAGCGUGUGCGCGCCUCGACUCCGUGGAACCGCGUUCGGCCGUCUCCGUUGCAGACGGUGGACGGAGCAGGUCAGGGUGAGCAGGAGGGAUGCUUCGGAAAGGAAUCUUACAUGUAAGAAUUCAGACACCGAAAUUCAAGACUGAAUGGUCCUCUGGUACUUCUUCAGGUGAGCUUCACAAGCUUGCGAUAUCAACCAA